AUGUCUAUAUUAUUCCUGGAUAUCUCCUUUAAUCGCAAGUACUGGUAUUAUGUGGUGGAAUGUUUUGUUUUAGCCUUGAUUGCCCUGAGUGCUUUGCUCUAUUUUGGAAAGUACUUAUGGUUAAUUUUUGGUGAAGAUCAGGUGAUUGGAACAGAGAGUCAAAAGCGUCUGCUGGAUGGAAGAGAUGACACCGCCUUUGGAACAGUGUACGCACGUCCAGCUCCAAUAUCGCAAAUCAAUGUGGAGGACGAUAACGAGUGCCACAUCCCCUACUGGCAUUCAUCUUUCUACGGCUACAUCCAAAAUUCACGGGUCGUUGAACCCGCCAUUCCGAUCAAGUUAUUGCAAUGUGUGACCAACCUGAGGUACUGGAUAUCCACAACCAUAUUGCAUCGAUUGGUCACGGAAGUACAACAUGUGGAUAAGGUAUCUCAGAAACUGGGCUUGAUCAAUCUUAAAAUCGGAGAGACAAGUCUUAAGACGCUACGAUUGUGGGCCGAGCACAAGCAGCUUGUGGAGACCUGUCUUCCCAUGUUGCCCACGGUGUUAGCUUUUCUAAACUUUUCUGACAACCAGAAUUACCUGGUUCAGCGCAUUAAGGAAUUAGCGAAGGGCGUCUACAUGGCUGAGUACCGAUGGAAAUUUUUCCAGGAGCCGCACGAGCGUUUGCCUACAGAUGCCGCCAUUGUGUUCCACCUGUUCUGCGUCUACAUGGAUUGUCAAUUGAUGCCAACUGCGCAGGAAGGUGGACGAAGGCCUUUCUACUCCCGCUAUGUGGUAAUCGGCGAUAAUAACCCUAUCGAGGACAUGGUGUCCCGUGUGAAUAACAGAGCUAACUGCGCCAUACUGGCCACUGGAAAUCACGAACCCGAUCCCAAGUUUAACUUUUUUAGCGGCAAGGAGGUGCAGGAUUGCCUAUACGACAGAAACAAUCUAUUCUACGUGAUCAUCCAGUUCUUGACCUAUAUGCGAGAACAGCAGGGCUCCAUUCUAGAAGGUGUGAGUCUGGGCAGGAGUGGCAUCAACAUUUUGGAUGUAAUUGAUGACAUCCCUCACAUUCCCAGAUGUGAUAAAUUUUGA